AUGAGCGCGCGCUCCGCCGCAACACCUCGGACGCGCAAAACCUUAACUCCAACUGAUCGUGCGGCUGUCGCUGCAUUCGUACUAAGUGUUAGCAUCGCGCUACAGCCAUCAAGAGGCUCCAUCCAAGCUUGCGCGGCCAAGAAUGGCUGUAGCGACGACCAGAUCUCGCGUUUGUGGCGCCGAGCCGUUCAGGACAUCAAAGUAGGCAACCCCAUCAACUACGGCAGCAGUAGGAAUGGAAAGAGCGGUCGGAAGUCACGCAUGACAGAAGCGUUCCGCGAAGACCUCAGCAGGCACAUCGACCUUAACGUUUUAGAGGAUCGCACGGAUAUUCGCACUUUAGCGAGUAUUCUAGGUAUUCCAUAA